AUGGUCACGAUCGUGAAGCAGGUGAAGCUUCAGUUCAAGGGCAGAAGCUGGGUGGUGCCUCCAGGCUUUCUUUCGGAAGAAGACGAGGAGCAGUUCGUGCGGCUAAGGGUGUCCUGCUACGGCCUCUGCAUCUUGCUCGGCAGCUGCAAGAAGAUUCGCAACCCUUCCUUGAAGGCCUGCAUGGCUUUGAAGCAGCUCGUGGAUGCUCGAAACCGCAAGCUGGGCUUGGUCGAGGAGGAGGACAAGAAGCCGAAGCUUUUUGGAGACGACGAACGACCCACCCCCAAGAGGAAGCGGAAGGCUCAGGCUCUGGAGAGUCCGAAGCUGGACUUGGACUUGCCGGAUGGAAGUGGCAUCGUCACCGUGAAGGCUGUGAAGUGGACUCGGGAGGAUUUGUCCGUUCUCUUGGAGGCCGAGCAGCUGGAGAGGCUCUUCAACUUCCUGCUGGCGGAGGAGUUCUGCUUCGAGGCCGAAAGCCGUGGCUAUCGGAGGACUGGGAAUCAUGUGAAGAAGCCGAAGAUGCGAGAUCCCGCAGAGCCCAGUGACAGUGAUUGA